CCCGCCCGCCGCCUGCUUGGCCACCAUAGAGUUGGGGUUCGCUCAGCGCCAAGUUUGGGUUUGCGGGUGGACCAUGACGCGGUUGCCAAAGCUAGUGGUCCUUGAUCUGGAUUACACGCUCUGGCCUUUCUGGGUUGAUACACACGUAGACCCCCCAUUCCACAAGAACAGGGAUGGAACUAUACGAGAUAGGCGGGGCAAGAACAUCCUACUGUACCCGGAGGUACCCCAGGUCUUGGAAAGAUUGCAGAGCCUUGGAGUGCCAGUUGCCGCUGCUUCACGGACAGGCGAGAUAGAAGAGCUGGAGCUCUUUGACCUUGUCAAGUACUUUGCUUAUCGGGAAAUCUAUCCAGGCAGCAAAGUCACACACUUUGAGAGGUUGCACCACAUGACUGGAUUCCCUUUCUCUCAGAUGGUCUUCUUUGAUGAUGAGAAGCGGAACAUCAUCGAUAUUGGCAGACUUGGCGUUACCUGCAUUCACACCAAGAACGGAAUGAAUCUUCAAGUGUUAACUCAAGGAUUAGAGAAAUUUGCAAAGACCCAAGUUGGACCCUGAGGUCUGACCCUGUGAAUAAGCCUCUUCUGAGGUAUAAAACUGAGAAGUCAAGAAAGCCUUGUCAGGUGCAUUUGUAAUUUAUUCAAGUGCCCAUGUGUGACAGUCAAAG